CGCCCCCUCCUCGCCCUGGGAGAGUCGUAGCCGAAAGUAGCUAAUGCCUGUUUGGGCGGAUUUAUUUGGGUUAUAGUACAUUUUGAAUAGCGGAGAGAAACAUACUUUAAAUACGAAGCGUUUUAUGUAGUUACGGAUUAAGUUUGUUCAGAUAGAAUAAAUUCAGCCAGUCUGUGUCUCAGGGAAGAGUUUAGUUGAUCUGAUCGACCGUAAUGUGGCUCUGCGGCUAAUCCUUGGACUUCAUUCAAUACUAAUUCACCUCGAAGCGCUUCGUUUGGGCGAGCGGAACUGAUUUAACGACCACAUACGAGUUAGGAUGACGGAAUACAAGCUGGUUGUAGUUGGGGCUGGUGGCGUUGGGAAAAGUGCCCUAACCAUUCAGCUCAUUCAAAACCACUUUGUAGACGAGUAUGACCCCACUAUUGAGGACUCAUACAGAAAGCAGGUUGUGAUUGACGGGGAGACAUGUUUGUUGGACAUUCUGGACACAGCAGGUCAGGAGGAGUACAGUGCCAUGAGAGACCAGUAUAUGAGGACAGGAGAGGGUUUCCUGUGUGUAUUUGCCAUCAACAACAUCAAGUCCUUUGAGGACGUACAUCUCUACAGGGAGCAAAUAAACCGUGUCAAAGACAGUGACAAUGUACCAAUGGUGCUGGUGGGGAAUAAAAGUGACUUGGCCUCUCGUACUGUAGAGACGCGUCAAGCUCAGGAGCUCGCCAGAAGUUAUGGAGUCCCAUUUGUCGAAACAUCUGCUAAGACACGACAGGGGGUGGAGGAGGCGUUUUACUCUCUUGUACGGGAGAUCCGAAGAUACAAGGAGACAAAUCGCAGCAAUAAGAAGAGCAAAAAGCACACGCAAAGACGCUGCACUCUUUUAUAGCAAUACACACAAACAGGCCCGCACUGCACCCCUGUGAUAGCAAUGCACUCAAUGUCACACACACAUACACUACUGUACUGUAGCAUCACACAUGUUUCCUUUUUUAUACUGUUCCCUCUCUUACGCCACCAGCCUUUGAGGAAUAGGAACCAACUGGCUGUGUGUUUGUUUAUAUGUGUGUUUGAGAUAUUGCAGAGUAGCUGAUGUGUUGAUUCUAAACCUCAUUUAGAAUCAUGCAAUUGUAGAAUUGUCUGUAGUCUUAUUUUGCCACAGUGACAUCACAUUAUCCAGGGCUUUGCCACGUGUAGCUUAAUAUUUGACUGGAUAAAUUAGCCUAGAUUGGUCUAGUCAAUUUUAAGCUACUGUUUUUUUUUGUGUUAAAAGGACUUUAUUUUUGUGGUAGUGUAAUAGCCAUAUUUUGUAACCAGAGGAGCAAGAAAUAUUGACCUUGAGUUUGUAAUUUAUGAUGAUGGUUAAGGGAUGUACUUGUAAGAUGGUAAUGGUUUGCUGCUUUUAAGUAUGCAUCGUUAUGUCUCAUCUCCAAGUUUCAUUGUACAUUUAAAAAUUCUUUGUUAAUUUGGAUUGUGGGGGAGCCUUAGCUCAUGCAGAUGAGCAAAAUGAGUGAGCUAAUCGGUGUACCCGCUUAGAGAGUGACCACAUAGAUCAGUUAGAGAAGGUCAGGGAUUGAGGAAGCUAAAAAGUCCCCUAAAAUGUCUGAAACCUCCAGUGGCCUGUGGGAAAGCGCAUCCGAGCAAGCAGUCACAACAUUCCAAACCACUAACAUAUUGUGUUUUGCAGACCUUAAGAAGUGUGACUGCCUCAUGCAAUGUGGGAUUUAUCCAGGGAAUGUUCACUAAGAUUUUCAAUAAUCGCUAAACAAACCAGUUUGUGUAGUUUUCACCUUCUGUAUUUUGGGGAAGGCUUUCAAAAUUCACACUGAAUGUACAUUUCACAGACUUGUCCCCUUUCCUCAUGUUUCUAUUGUCAUUACUUGUGUUCUAGGCCAAAAGUGUCCUUCAUUGUCCAGCCCUUCUAGAAACAAAAUUUAGAAAUAACUUCACAAUUUUGACCAGCAGUAUUUCAUGGUAAAGUUCUGUAUUUUGUGAGUUUAUACUGAAGCAUUUUAGUUACACAUACAAGCAUUAUUAUUCAGUGUAUUAUGUAAAAAGCCAGCUGUUUCCACCUGUCAUGAGACAUUCUUGAUUUUAAGGGAAAGAGAGAACUUUUUCUUCCCGAUUUUUUGAAUGUUUGGAUUUACAGAUGAGACGGUAGUUGUUUUGGGUCAGGCUAAACAUGUGACCCAAAGUCCUCAUUGAUACAUUCCUUUUGCCAUAGUGAUGAUACAAUUGUAGUUCUAUGUUUUGUGAAUAAAGAGACUUUUGGCUAAAGAGGACCAACAUUUCUGCACUUUUUGUACCUUUGCAGUUAAAGUAAUACUCCAGGUUCAAUACAAGUUAUAUCAUAUCUGUAGCUCAAGACCAGUUGCCAACUGAAGCUAAGCAGGGUUGAGCCUGGUCAGUACCUGGAUGGGAGACCUCUUGGGGAAAACUAAGGUUGCUGCUGGAAGAGGUAAUAGGGAGGCCAGCAGGGGGUGCUCACCCUGUGGUCUGUGUGGGUCCUAAUGCCCCAGUAUAGUGAUGGGGACACUAUACUUAAAAAAAAAAAAAAAAAAAGGCACCGUUGUGAUGAGACGUUAAACCGAGGUCCUGACUCUCUGUGGUCAUUAAAAAUCCUAGAGCACUUCUUGUAAAGAGUAGGGAUGUAACCCCGGUGUCCUGGCUAAAUUUCCCCCCAUUGACCCAUCUCAAUCAUGGCCUCUUAAUAAUCCCCAUCCACUAAUUGGCUCUAUAACUCUACUCUCUCCUCUCCACCAAUAGCUGGUGUGUGGUGAGCGUACUGGCGCACUAUGGCUGCCAUCCAGAUGGAUGCUGCACACUGGUGGUGGUUAAUGGUGGUGUAAAGCGCUUUGAGUGUAGUGUCAGAAAAGCGCUAUAUAAAUGUAACAUUCAUUCAUUCACAAGUUAAGCUCAAUCGACAGCAUUUGUUGCAUAAUAUUGAUUACAACAAAAAUUUAUUUUGACUCGUCCCUCCUUUAAAAAAAGCAAAAACUGAGGUUACAGUGAGGCACUUGCAACGUAUGUGAAUGGGGGCCAAUUUCUGAACGUUAAAAUACUCACUGUUUCAAAAGUAUAGAGACAUGAUUUUAGUGUGAUUAAAAAUCACUUACCUUUUCU